AUGGAUCCCACCCCCGGGUCAGAUUCGCCGCCUGGAGCCGCCAGCGAUCAAGCUUUGCAAAUUCUCUGCACGACGCGUUCGAGAGAUCAACCUGAAGCAAAUGCGGUAAUUGAGCAAUGGCUCGCAACAGCAGAUUCUGAAGAUCAAGAGGCGGCCGACGAGCUGCUUGGUCAGCUCCCCCUCGAUGACCGGAGAGGGCGACCAAGAGACUACGCUUCUACUGAGCGUACUGCCACGCGUGCACAACCUGCUGAACAUAUUGACGAAGAGCCAGGUAGGCGAAGGGUGAGAGACGAAGGUGUUGUAGCCCGUACGGCUCAAUCAUCAGCCACUGAUGCACGACAGCAGCAAAAACCAGCGACUGGCGGGUCUCAAGCCAGCCAAAUCUUCCAGCCAGUCGACGAGGUCCAAGACCUACUCGCAGACCUGAAUGCCCUUUUGCCGGAUGCCUCGCCUCUCAGAAUGCUCCAACAUCGAGUAGAAGCCUUCUUCAAGCAGGGAACUCGCAUGGCGUCAUUUGCGUUCGCGGCGCUUGAAAACGUCGCGAUGGAGGGCAUCUAUGAACUUAAUGAAGAGCGCGUCAAGAUCGAACUGAGCACCACCGAGCCGAAACCAGAGUCUGAGUACAUUAAGAACUAUCCCUGGACCUCAUGCAAGCUCGCUGCAACACUGGUCAUGAUACUGGCCGCCUCGAAAGAAGGCAUGUACGACGCGAUCAAGUCUCAAUCGAGACACAUGGGCGGAAUGCCGGAAUUGAAGGACAUCCGCGAAACACCGUCUGCAUCCUUUAUAAAGGAAUUUCGGACUGCGAGAGAUGCGGCUCUGGGGAAGGAGAAGUCGACGACGGUGAUGCAAGUCACACUUACCGACGUGUGCAUCUUCGAACUUGAGGAACUGGGUCAGUUCCAGGAGUACUUCGAAUUUUCACAUGUCUUCGUCGUCGGCGUUGGGCCGGAAGGUGUCAUCGUCUGGCAGGCUUGGGGAAAGCAUGGAUACAGGCUCGACGAAUACCUUGGGCGCAAUGGAACGCGUGUUCGUAGCUGGAAAGAGGCAGAACAGUUUGUCGAUGAUUUUGAGAAGCUGAUUCUUGGGCAGGGCAUGUGGACUGCUAAACGGAACAAGCUCUACAAGAAGCUAUUCGAGGUGGAUAUCAAGCAGAUAUGUGGCCCCAAUGGGCCGGAGCGGCCGAUUACGCCGGAGUACGAAGCCUGGGUCCGCAUUCAUGUCCUCAAGGAUGUCAAGUAUGAGGAUGUAGCAAAGUUGAGCUGGGUUUGA